AUGAGUGUCGCAUUCGAGCCUCGGAAUUUUAUACACGAUGGGGGCUACCCUCCCAUCGGUGACGACCACGAUCAUGAUCACACCGCCGACCAACGAUUCACCGACAACGAUGUUGCCGAGCAGCUCAGUCAAUACACAACUGAAGCGGCGAUGCUUCCAGACUCCACAGGUGUUCUUGGGGAUGACCGAGGGAUGUUGCCGGAUGAUGCUGCCGCCGUACACGAUGCGACAAGACUCGACCUAGGACAUCACACGUUCCCUUCGCCCAUUGAGGCUUCUCUGCAAGCACCAACACUCGACCCUCUGCCCGACGACAAAGACCUUUCGCCCAGCAUCGAUUCGCCUCCCCCCACUCGGGUGAAGCCCAUCGCCAAGCCAGAGAGAGAAGCUGUCAAGGGUGCCGAUGGCAAGUUCCACUGUACGCAAGACGACUGCAAAGAAGAGGUCCGUGUAUUUUCGCGCAAGUGCGAAUGGAACAAGCACAUGGACAAGCAUGAGCGACCCUAUCGAUGCCCCGCUGAAGGGUGCGAGAAUCUUCCCGGUUUCACCUAUUCAGGUGGUCUACUCCGACACGAGCGCGAAGUUCACGGCAAGCAUGGAGGACCAAAGAACACGGUCAACUGUCCUCACCCCAACUGCAAGCGGCACACAGGGAAGGGCUUUUCACGGAUGGAAAACUUGAACGAGCAUCUUCGACGUGUUCACACCAACCCUGACGGAGCAGGAAACACCCCUCCUCCUGACAUGGUCUUGUCCGACGAGAACGACAGCGAGCAGACGGGCAUGAAGCGCAAGCGCCGCCCAAGCGAAGCGCAAGCUACCGAGGAGAUCAACGAGCUCAAGGAAGAGGUCAAACGUCUGAGAGUCGAGAACGAGAAACUCAAGGCCGAGAUGCAACAACAGUCAACGCAUUCUCUGUCCAUGAUGGCUCAGAUCGCUGAAUUGCAGGACGCUUUGAGGGAAGGUCUUAACCACCAUGCCCUGGGAGCUCCCACAGCCACGAUGAUGUAG